AUGUUAUCAGACAGCUCAUAUUGCGUGGAGCUGACACGGCGUGGCUGGCGGAUCGCGUCGGAUCAGCAUGACUGCAUGAACGGUGAUUACCGACAGCUCGACUUGUAUACACAUUAUUUCGAGACCAUUUAUCAGUUGUUGAAUGUGGUAUCGCCAGAAUUCCGUAAGCAAUUCGCUGGGAAGCUCAGCAGCAAGCUCAGUGCAUUAACCAAUGGAGUACCGGGUCGCAGCACGUGA